AUGUCGGACUCGGCGAUGGCCAACACGUUACAAGAGCAGGUCGCGGUUGACGACUUGGGCUCUGACCGUUUCGUCAGCCGUGUGAACCCAGCUCGCAUGGGGAACGCGGCAAACAUCGCCUACGGCGGUUGCACCAUCAGCAUUGGUAUCCAGGCCGCAUGCAGUACCGUAUCGGCGACGUACCUCCUCUAUUCGACCACGGGCAACUACCUGGGUCCGGCCUUGACGGACCGUAAGCUCAAAUGUUCUGUUCGCAGAGUCCGCGACACAAGGACGUUUGCCACCAGGCUCGUCGAAAUUAGCCAAGACCAGGAUGAUGGCACGCCAAGGAUGUGUAUGAUCAUGCUUGCCGACUUCCAAGUGAAAGAGGAGGCCUCGCUUUUUGUAUACUCUGCACCGCCGUCUAUGAACUAUUCGCCACCUGAGCAGUGCCUUAACACGAGCGAAGGAGUGAAGGACUUGGUGCGAAGAGGAAUUGUGACGGAAAAGAUGGAAAAAUUCUACAUGGCUUCAUUUGGCUUCAACGCCCGCUUUUUCGAGACCCGGGGCGCACCAGAGACCGUCGGCCCAAACAACCUCUACGGCAUUGCCAAGACCGUAAAGACGCCUCAACACGAUCUGGACAUUACCUCGAAGACAACCGCCGACUGGUUCCGUUGCCGACACCCCCUUGCACGCCUCCAGGACCAGUUUUCUGGUCUCGGGUUCAUCUUGGAUGGAGCUCUAUCCUUCAUCCCCCUGACACACAGCAACAAGUUCUUUGAUGAUGCAGGCCCUUGCUCUUCGCUUGAUUUUGCCUUGAGAUUCUUCACAGGAGACAUCGACAUGAGUCAAUGGUACAUGAGAGAGAUUAAGACCAUUGCGGGCAAUGACGGGCGGACCUACACUGAGGCUCGGCUCUGGGACCGAAAGGGGAACAUGGUGGCAAUCAUGAACCAGCAGUCUAUCAUGAGACCUCCGAAGGCCUUGGUUCGAGCAUCUCUUUGA